AGAGGUACCGACGUCAGCCCACACUCAAUUUAACUGAAGUUCAAUACUGUCUAGACCACGUGAUUGCAAAAUACCAGUUUACAGUAUAGUUUACAGUAAGAGAUGUCACUUUUUAGGUGGCCGAUUAGACAAAUUCUAAUAUUACUUCAAAUCUAAACUCUGAGAAAUAUUGCCAGAGGGAUUUUACCUGUCAGUAUUCUGCAUCGUAUGUAUUCUUUAUAACUUGCACAAAGGUCGGUCUGUCUGCGUGGUAACUUGUCCUUAUUGCUGACAAAAUGUUUUGGUUCUUGGAGGGAAUAUGCUUUUUACCAACUUUUUUGGUCAUCUGGUCAUCAAGCACGUUUAUUGUUUCCUACCUAAUUGCAUUGUUCGAGCAUGAUGUGGAUGUUAUCUUCCCCUAUAUAAGUGACACUGGGGCUGAACCCCCAGAGAGCUGUGUCUUUGGCUUGAUGACGGUCAUCACUGCAUUUGCAGGUACGGCCACCAUGUAUGCCAGAUACAAGUUUGUGGAGAAGCUCAAUGAGACAGCAGGUGGUGUGCCCCCAGUACUGAACCAGGCUGCUUUCUGGAUUGGAAUGCUUUCUUGUUUGGGGAUGUGUUUUGUCGCUACUUUCCAGGAGACAACGAUUACAACAGUUCAUGAUGCAGGUGCAUUACUCUUCUUCGUUUCUGGUGUUCUGUACACCAUCCUCCAGUCCAUCAUAUCCUAUAAGGCCUUCCCCUAUGGAUGUUCCUUGGCCUUGUGUCGUCUGCGCACAGGAAUUGCAACCAUUGCCUUCCUGGCAGUUUUCCCCACUGUUGUCUGUGCUGUCUUCGUGACACAAACCACACUGCAUAGAAAAACAGAAGACGAGGACAAUGUGUUCCAUCUGGUGAGUGCUGUGAGUGAGUGGAUCGUGGCCUUCAGCUUCAUCUUCUUCUUCUUCACCUACAUCCACGACUUUAAAAAGUUUACUCUGAAGCUGAGAACACAGUUUGUGGACUAUUCCUGAUGAAGCAUUGAUUUGAACCUUUUAAUCUGAAUUUUUACAAAAUCAAAUUUAUUUUUUCUACUUUUAUAAAGCAAAUGUAUAUGAGAUUAUCUGAAUGGUAUGAUUUUUUUAAAAUAUAUACUGUAUCCAUUGCAACAUAGCCUCAGUCUUAGCGGUUAUCCACAAAACAAACACAUCCUGUGACAUCCUGGGUUAAUGACAGCGUUAACCCAUUGUUCAUCCUCUGGUGGUACAAAGGUCAGUAUUGCGCAAGAAAAUCACAAGAUCAAGUUAAUAUAGAAACUUAAUUUCACACAUCACCAGUUCAUGGAUAGAGGCUGUAUGUACUCUUACCUACUCCAAUGUUAAUCGUUUGAUACUACUAUGUAAAUAUUUUUCUAGUUAGGUAUUUUGCUCAAGAAAACCUCUUUCUCAUGGUAUUGAGGCAUAUCUAUGGUAUACUGGUAUACCAUUGUAAUAAAGUAACUCAGAAUACAUA